UAAAAAAUCAAUCAUUCAUUCAGCAAGCAAGUCAGGAGGCAGUUGUGUUGUUUGUUUGUGUAAAAUUCACAAAAAUGAAGUUAUUUGCAGCAGUUAUAUUCAGUGUAUUAUUAACUACCUUGACCGCUUAUGAAAUAUCCGAUAUAGUGUCGGCUAGAAUCGAGAGUUGUCGAGGAUGUUCGCUGAACAGGUUACCGGAGGUGAAGAAGUUCAUAAUGGAUGACGCGCCGUUCUACGAGCGACUGGAAGUGAAGUUCAUCACGGGCGCGCCCCCCGAACUGGUGCUGCUGGGCGAGGGCGACCGCGAGCUCGAGCGGCUGCCGCUGUCGCAGCUCAACCGUCAGGAAUGUAACGAUCUCGUCCAGGAGAAGGGCUUUGUGAAAAAAUCUAAAAAGUCUGACCUCUAAAUAGCGCAAUACCUAGGUUUUAACAUGGUAUUUCGCCCACAUUCCAAGAUUGAUUUAUAAGCUUCCAGUGUAGUAACAUACUUGACAUACGUAAAACAACAAUAUUUAGAAUACUUCGUCCUGUGUAUGAUAAUGUGCAGACGACGUCACAUUACAACUCUGAUAAACUGGUAUCACAUAUUUUAGAUCCAGUGCUGUCGACUGUGCAUGUAAAUUUAUAGAAAUAAGUAUGUAUUCCAUAUUUUACAAGAUAAAAAUAAUUUUGAAAUGCAUUUAGUAAUAGUGUACAGUUUAAUAUUGUGAUGUAGGAAUGUAAUAAAGCUGUUUUUGGAAUUCA